UGGACUAAUAUUAAGGAGCCAAUUAAUCUGAGAAGUGCGGCUAGGGUUCUUCCCUCCUCCCCAUCUUCCUUCUUUCCUCUUCCCAAAACCCUAACCCUAAUCUUAACCGUGGGGCAGAAUGCCAGGGCUUCUGCAGUGAGGGGGCCGCCUCCGCAACUCUUAGCGAUGAACGGCCACCGGAAAAAUUAGAGGUCCGGAGGGAUCGAUCCGACCGUCCGGCUCCUCCUGAAAUCGUUCCCCCUCCGUGUAUCCUUGUUUAGAGGAGGAUGGCGACCGCAAACCCUUUCGACCUGCUCGGCGACGACGACAACGAGGACCCAUCGCAGCUCCUUGCCAAGGCGGCCGCUGCCGCCGCGGCUUCGGGCGGAAAAAAGGCCGCAGUGGCGCCACCGUCGGCCUCGGCGAAGCUUCCGUCUAAACCCCUGCCUCCCGCUGAGGCUGUGAGAGAAUCAAAAAGUCAUCAGCAAUUUGGACGUGGUGGUGGCCGAGGUGGGCGUGGUGGUGGCCGAGGUGGAGGACGUGGAGGUGCUCCAUUCAGAGAUUCCAGUACCAACGGGAGUCCCUAUAACAAUGGGUUCUCAGGAGCCCCAAAUGUGGGUGAAGACGGAGAUGUUGGUAGGACUUCUGAAAGGACCCGUGGAAGCUAUAGUGGGCCUCGUGCUCCUUAUCGAGGUGGUCGUCGAGGCGGUGGUUAUGGAGAUGGAGAUAUAGGUGAUCUGGAACGACCAAGAAGGCAGUUUGAGCGUCGCAGUGGAACGGGUCGUGGCACUGAGUUUAAGCGAGAAGGUGCUGGUCGAGGAAAUUGGGGAACUCAAGCUGAUGAAGCCUUUGUCCAGGCAACUGAGGAAUUAACAGUGACUGAAGGCUGGACACCUGAAAAGGAGCCACGGAAUGAAGAUGUUUCAACAGAUGCAAAAAAGGAGGAUGCUUCUAAAGAAGCAGAAGAAAAGGAGCCAGAAGACAAGGAAAUGACUCUGGAAGAGUAUGAAAAAAUACGAGAGGAAAAAAGAACAGCUUUACUUGCAACCAAGGCUGAGGAGAGAAAGGUCGUUAUAGACAAGGAACUUAAGUCUAUGCAGCAGCUUUCUCUCAAGAAGGACACUGAUGAUGUAUUCAUUAAGUUGGGAUCUGAUAAAGAUUUGGCUAGACGGAAGGAAAACACGGAGAAGGAUGAAAGGAUGAAAAAGGCUGUUAGUAUUAACGAAUUCCUAAAGCCAGCCGGAGGGGAAAGGUACUAUACCCCUAGAGGGCGAGGUCGUGGCAGGGGUCGUGGUGAUCAUGGUGGAUUUAGGGGGAGCUUUGCUGGUGGGGAAGCAAACACACGAGCUGCUCCUGCUAUUGAAGAUCCAGGACAGUUCCCCACAUUGGGGGGGAAAUAGAUUUCCUUGUGUGACCAGAUGCUCGUUUCUUUAGUUUUUGGCAUAUUCCGUAUUUCAAAAAGUCGAUGCAAGGACAAUAAUGAGGUUUCCUGUAUUUAAGAAAGAUCUAAUCUUUAUUUUCUAAUUAUGUAUAUUUGAGUGUUACGAUCAUGUCAUGCUAUAACUUGCUGGAACUUUCUGCAAUUUUGAAUCUGUUUGCGUAGUUUUAAUUCGAAA